GUAUCCCAACUCCACUCCCACCGAUAUAUUUCAGACGGGAAUCUCUCUCUCGCCUUCGUUGCUCCUUAUUCUUCGUAAUUUGAUUCAUUCCCGGUUUACCAGUGAUGGAUAAUAUGUUGGGUCUUUUGAGGAUUCACAUUCAAAGAGGAGUCGGUCUGGCUGUGAGAGACAUGACCAGUAGCGACCCUUACGUCGUCCUCACAAUGGGCAAGCAGAAGUUGAAAACUCGCGUUGUGAAGCGGAGUUUGAACCCUGAGUGGGACGAAAAAUUGACUCUAACCGUUUCAGACCCCAAUGUUCCAGUCAAGCUCUUUGUGUAUGACAAGGAUACUUUCACUUUUGAUGACAAAAUGGGAGAUGCAGAGUUUGAGAUUGCUACAUUCGUUAAAGGAGUGCAGAUGCGAUUGGAAGGUCUCCCAGAGGGAACGAUAAUUGCCAGAGUUCAACCGACUAGGCAGAAUUGCCUUGCUGAAGAAAGCUGUAUUAUUUGGUCCAAUGGCAAAGUUGUGCAAAACAUGGUUCUCAGACUCAGAAAUGUGGAGUGCGGUGAAGUAGAACUCCAAUUGCAGUGGAUUCAUAUUCCUAAAGGAAAGACAAAUCAUAUUUGGAAAGAAAGAAGAGAUGCCGAGUUGCAUUCCUAGUUGAACAAGGAAAUCAUAUUCGAGUUGAAGAAGGAGAAGAGGAGGCCGGCCUAGCUAUUCCUAGUUGGACAUGGAGAGUUGCCGUGCAGCCCUUAAGUGAUCUCCCUAUUGGACUUGGUUUCCUACAUCAAGUUGGAUAUGGAGUACAUGAAUCAAAAUCCAUAACAAAGAGGAUUUCAGUUUCCCAAUUGGUUUCUAUCUCCUAAAUGGGACGGCAAGAGGCUUCCUAAACUCCUAUAUAUAGAGGCUCGGCCUCUCUAUUCAGAUCAUCAUCAACCUUACACACAAACACAAGUCAUAGCUCUGCCGAAUCAAUCCCUCACCCUUCCAAGAAAUCCUAAAACCGAUUCCAUCAUUCCCCACCAAUCAAUAGCCUUCAAACACGCUUGUGAAGAAGGUUUCAUCCAUAGAAGUUACGGCUAUACACUUGUGGAUUGCUUGAUUUAUAAAGUGUAACCAUGAUUCACUCUUUAGUUCAAUUCGGUUUUGGUUUUAUUCUUGUUCUUGGAUGA